AUGAAGUUGCUUGCAGUCCAAUUGGGCGCACGCAUGGCCGGUGACCUUGUAUAUGCCACUGAUCAAACUUCUACCCUUAUUCUUGCUGCCACUAAUCGAGUUUUCCGCUUUGGCAUAAAUGAAGCGUGGUUCAAAACUUUGCAAGAUGUUGUUGUUAACUUAAGGGAGGAAAUCCGUGAUUCAGAGGCAGAACGUCGAAUACUAUCCGGGAAAAAUUGUAUUGUGGCCUGCAUGAAGGCCACUUUGGAAGAUCAUGGGCAAAAUUGCAUUAUGGCUUGUAAGAAAGCCACUUUGGAAGAUCAUGUGGCCAUUCUGGAAGACCAAGCAUAG